UAACUGCGGUUACAUACAUUACCACUUUUAAUAAGUGGCACAAGACCCAUCAAAUGGGUAAACAUGUAAACAAGGUGAUGUGCAGCAAGAGGCACGACUCUGAUGUGUAAAGAGUUGUGAAAAGUGAGACUGAGGGAAGGAGGAGGAGGAGGAGGAGGAAGAGGAGCCAGAAGGAGCCGCUUUUCCUUUUGUGGUAGUUGAAGUCGCUGGAAGAAAAAGGAUCAGGAAUUCUUUGUGCUACACAAGGAGCGAGAUACAAUCCAGACUCGGGUUGAUAUGUGGCGACAAGACGGGCGGGCGUCCCUCGACCAAAGCUGAGCUACUGUUACGAGAAAGCGAAUCUUUGGGCUAUCAUGGAUGACGACUUUGACCGCCGCAUGGAGCUGAGGAGACAAAGGAGGGAACAGAUGCGCCUGGAAGCCGAGAAAAUGGGCUACACCAACGACGACGAUGAGGAUGCGGCUCGGGAGGAAAGGAGACGCGCGAGGGAGGAGAGGAAGAAGAUGAGAGAGUCGGAAGACUUCGGAAGCAGCGACUCGAUCGGCGCCAACGAUGUGACGCCGGGCGAGGCCUCUGCUUCCUCGGCCAUGAGUAUGGCGGCGGCGGACGACGACCAGGCUCUGGAGGAGCGUCUGGCCAAGAGGGAGGAGCGAAGGCAGAAGAGGAUGCAGGAGGCCAUCGAGAGGCAGAAGGAGUUGGACCCGAGUUUCGCUGCGGCCAACGGGCUGGGCGAAUCACCAGAAACUCGGGCGGACGAUGACGACGACGGAGGGAGGCCGAGAGAUCAGAAAGAGGAGAAGGAGGAUGAUGGGGAGGAAGAGGAACAAGUCCAAGAGGACGUGCUUGACGCAACCUCUUGGAAGAAGGCGGAAGAUGAUACAAAGAAAGAGGAAGAGGAGCCGGUAGAGGUGUUGAUCACGCUCACCUCCAGAACGGAGGAUGAGGCUGAAGCUGAGGAAGCGGAGGCGGCUGCUCCUGCUGUUGAUGAGGAAGCAGAAAGCGAGCAAAGGAGAAGGGAAGUAGAAGAGGAGGAGCGGCGGCAGAAAGAAAUGGAGGAAAAGCGGAGGAUAGAGGAAGAGAGGCAGAAAAAAGAGGAGGAGGAGGAGGAGAGGAAGAGAAAAGAAGAGGAGGAGAGACAAGAACGGGAAAUGGAGGAGAGGAGGAAGAAGGAAGAGGAGGAAGCGCAAAAGCGGGAGCUGGAGGAGAAACGCCGGAAAGACGAGGAAGAGGCGGAAAAGCGAAGACGACGGGAGCUGGAGGAGGAGAAGAAACGGAAGGAGGAGCAGGAAAAGCGGGAGAUGGAGGAGAAGGAGAGGAAAGCGGAGGAGGAAAAGCGGCAGAAAGAAGCCGAGGAGGAGAGGAAGAAAAAGGCGGAGGAGCAGAAGAGGAGAGAGACGGAAGAGAGGAAGAAGAAAGAAGAGGAGGAAAAACGGAAAAAGGAAGCCGAGGAGAGGAAUAAAAAAGACGAGGAGGAGAAACGCAAAAAGAGGGAGAUGGAGGAGAAGAGGAAGAAAGAGGAGGACGACAAGCUAAAGAGAGUGGGGAUCAAAGAUAAGAAUGCAGCAACCAAACCGAAUGGAGCACUAAUUGAGAAUAAACUGAAAAAACCUGACAAGCUAUCCAGGGACGACGUUCCCUCGACGGGGUCGGACGCCUCCGAGCGGCAGGAGGCCGAGCGCAAGCUGCAGGAGCUCCAGAGACGGCGGAACGACGCCCAGAGCGAGGAGAUGGAGAAGAUGAAACAGAAGCAGCAUCACGCCGAGGCCGAGCUGGAGGAGCUGAAGAGGAAGAGGGAGGAGAGGAAGAAGGUCCUCGGGGAGGAGGAGAAGCAGAGGAAGCAAGAUCUGGAGGACAAAAAGAGCAAAGAGCAGGAGGAGAGGAAGAGGAUGAGGGAGGAGAUUGAGAAGAGGAGAGCGGAGGCUGCGGAGAAGAAGAAACAGCUGGAGCAAGAACCCGUGAAGCCCUCGUUCACCAUCACCCCCAAAGGUUCAUCCAAGAUUGGGGAGAAGGCGGAAUUCUUGAGCAAGUCGGCGCAGAAAAGCGUGAGAGCGUCGCACGCCCCUAUCGUCUCCAAGAUCGGAAGCAGACUCGAACAGUACGCCUCGGCCGUGCAGGGGAACAAAGAUGUGAAAUCCCCCAAACCUCUCAUGGCUGACAUCCCCUCAGGGGGCACGCGUAGCAUCAAGAGCAUGUGGGAGAGUGGCAACGUGUCCGAGACUCAAGCAAAUAAGGAUACGGUGUCUAUCAAAGGAAACGUCGCCAGCCGGAUGGCGAAAGCCGCGCAGGCCGAGAAGACGGCGCCUCCAGCGUCCGAACCGCCACCAGAGGCAGCGGUGGCGACAAAGCCUGCAGCGAGGCCCGAGAAAUCCCAGCCUUCUGCACAACCACGCACAAAUGAUGUGAAUAAGCAAAGUGAUGUUGGGAACAAGCGCAACAUGUGGGAGACCAAGAAGAGUUCCACGCCAGCCAAAGUGGUGGUUGGAGUCAAAAGCAAAUUUGCCUAAAACAUCAAAUAUUCACUGCCUGCCUUCAAGCGUGAUGUCGAGAGAGGAUCACAUGACCCGGAUGAACGGCUGUUUCUGUGACCUUGACAGCUUUAAACGACAACAACAAAAAUGGUCUGACACGCUGAAGGAGCGCAAACACUGUAAUCGCCGUCCAGCCGAGGGCUGAAGUCUUUGUCAACAGGUCGAAAUGUUUCUUACUCCUUAUGAGCUUUUACAGUUCGCCGUUCCAUUUUGUGACUCAUUGCCAUAUGCGCUCACUGCUUUCUGCGAGCUAAUUGAGGCUAGUCAGAUGACAGGCCGCUAAGCUGCGUAAAUUUUGUUAUGAAAUGUUUUUUUUCUACUGAUGGGUAAUCAAAUACAAAAAAAAAGAAUAAUAAUUAAAAUUGUGAACCGCUGAACACACUAAUUGCACUUGUAGCAUAACAGUUUUUAAUCCAGCAGUAAGGAAAGACUAAAUCACAACCGCUGAGUUGAUUAUUAUUCAAUUGAAUAUUUUAAUUAUUAUUAUAUGAAAUUUGCGCAACCCAAAAAUGUUUUUUAGACUCGUCACGGAUCACUGUGACAAAAAAGUGACAUUCCGACCAGACAGAAUUGGUGUCGAUGCUAAUGCCAAUGCGAAUAUAGUCAAAACGUCACCGUGUUGUUAUGCAGCUAGCAUUUCAUCUUUUAAUUCUCUUAA